AUGGAUUAAAAAGAAAAUAAUAAUAAUGACAAUCUAUUCAAGAAUAUUAUUUUUGGAAAUCAAGUCUAAAAUUCAUAUGGUAAUUUUAGAUCAUUUUGUGCUGCCAUUGCACAUUAAGAUUAGAUCAAUAUCAUUAUGGAUUAUAUUAAAACAAAUGAAAAAUUUAGGAGAUAUAAUAGAUUCAGUUAUGCAUAUAGGGUUUAUGAAUAACAAUAGUUUUUUGUAACUCAGGAUAAACCAGGAUAAGAAUAAUAAGAAAAUAGAAUAAUAGAAGGUUUUCAUGAAGAUGAAACUUUAGAAGGAAGUGGAGAAAAAUUGUUGCAUUUAUUAUAAAAAUUUAGUAAUGAAAUCUAGUAUAAUUUGAAUAGAUGUUGAAAAUGUCUUAAUUAUAUCAGCCAUUCAAUAAUAUAAUCCAUUGUAUAGAUUUGAACCAUCUCACUAUAGAAUUAUUGUUGAAAGAUCAAAAGACUUAUUGAAUAAUUUAUAUACUAAAGUAAUUUAACAAGAAGAAGAAGAAUAGAAAUAAUAGGAGGCAUUGCAUUAAUAAAGUUUAGCAUAAGGUAAGAUUAUUAAAGUUUAAGCUAAAUUGCCUAAAACUUAAUUAGAAAUUCCAUAAUUUCAUUAAUAAGCAAAAUUUGCAAAACCUGAAGAUAGAUUACAAAAUAGACCAGGUCACUUUUAUGCAGAAAAUCCAGGAUUUAAACCACCUAAGAAAUCUUAAUAAUAAUAAUAAUAAUAAUAAUAAUAAUAAAGUUAAUUACCUCCAAUUUCAGAAUAGAAAAAAUUAAAAGAUUUAAGUAAAUUAAUUUAAUUAUUGAUUAUAGAUAUGAGAUUAAAAAAUAUAGCUUAUUAGUUAGAAAAGAUUUUAGAGUCAUUAACAGAAAAAGAGUAUUUACAAUUUAAAUUUAUUGCAAAAUAUGAUUAAAAUAAAUUAGUAGAGAAAGUAUUAGGAUUAAUUAUGCUUAUAUUUGAUGUUGAUAAUAGAGAUUAAUUAGCUACAGAUUUUGAUAUUUAAAAUAAGUUGUAAAAUGCAACAGUUAAUGAUUUAACAGAGAAAAAAGUAAGAAAAAUUAAUGAAACUCUAAGAGGAGAUAGAAGAUUAAAUGCUUAUGGUUUAGCUAGUGUAAAUCCAUUAAUUUCUACUAUUUUUGCAUUCAUUGUCCUAUUAAUAAGAAGUUAUGAAAUAGGUAAUGACAUGCUCAAAAUAACUUAAAGUAUUGCAGUUUAAGAAUCAGAAGAGAACCAACUUCUUGAAGAUCCUAUUUGA